CGAUACCGGAAGGAAACCAUAAAUUCUCCUCUGUAAAGUUGGUAAUUUGGUGGUUUCGUGGCUUUGUUACUGCGGUAUUAUUUGAGAAGAAAGUUCCAGGUUUGCUAUAAUGGAAAAUGACGCUGGUGAAUCUGUCGAUCUCUAUCGGCCCAGAAAGUGCUCUUCAAGUAGCCGAAUCAUCCACGCGAAGGAUCAUGCUUCGAUCCAGAUCAAUAUUGCGGAAGUGGAUCCACAAACAGGGCGAAUGACAGAGGCCACAAAGAUGUAUGCAAUAUGUGGAGCCAUAAGAAGGAUGGGAGAAUCAGAUGAUUGCAUCAAUCGGCUUGCGAAGAAGGACGGGCUGCUGGCCAAGAACUUUUAAGUUUCCUUCCUGCGAUUCUUCAUAAUAUUUAUAUAAUGAAACAUCAAUAAAUUAAAUAGAAAAAUGAC